AUGGAUCUUGGGGUUGAUGCCGGUUUUGUCCUCCUCAUAUUCCUUUUGGUUAUUGGCUUGAUCUUGGGUGGAACUGCCCUUGCUUUCCAUCUCAGGCGACAGUUUCAACCUGUCCAGCUGAUGAAGGGGCCCAACAAGAUUGUUCUCACCAUGGAUGAUUUGACCUUCAUCCAUACCCAGAACAGCAAGAAGAAAAUGGAUGACAGCCGAAAGAGUAUGUCGGACAUGAAAAGCCUCAAGAGUGUGAUGGUGGCUAAUCCAGAGAACAGCAACGUUGCUGUGGUUGAGGGUGACUGGGUGUGGCUGAAGAAAUUCCCAGGCGAAAAGCACGCUGAAAUCAAACAGGCUACCAAAACAGCUUUUUGCAAGCUCCGGGAUCUGCGGCAUGAAAAUGUGAACCUUUUCCUGGGCGUCUUCCAUGACUGUGGAAUCUUUGCCAUUGUCUCGGAGCACUGCACACGUGGGAGCCUCGAAUAUCUCAUCCGCAACGAGGACAUGAAGCUGGACUGGAUGUUCAAGUCUUCGUUGCUGCUGGACCUUAUCAAGGGAAUGAAAUACCUACACCAACAUGAAUUUCCACACGGGCGGCUGAAGUCUCGGAACUGCGUGGUAGAUGGCCACUUUGUCCUCAAGGUCACAGAUCAUGGCUAUAAUGAGCUGCUAGAAGCCCAGAAGAUCAUCCGAGAGCCAAUGAAGCCUGAGGACCGGUUCUGGACAGCGCCGGAGCUGUUGCGGGACCCGGCAAAGGAGCGGAAAGGCACUUUCCGGGGAGAUAUCUACAGUAUCUCCAUAAUUAUGCAGGAAGUCAUAUGCCGAGCAGCCCCCUACUGCAUGCUGGACAUGACGGCUGAAGAGAUCAUCAAGAAAGUAGAAAAGCCUCCACCACUUUGCCGGCCCUCUGUUUCCGUAGACCAAGCUCCAAUGGAAUGCAUUCAGCUGAUGAAACAGUGUUGGAGCGAGCAGCCUGAAAAAAGGCCAAAUAUCAACCAAAUUUUUGACCAGUUUAAGAACAUCAACAAAGGCCGGAAGACGAACAUCAUAGACUCCAUGCUGCUCAUGUUAGAGCAGUACUCCAGCAACUUGGAGGAUUUGAUCCGAGAGCGAACAGAAGAGUUGGAGGUUGAGAAGCAAAAGACGGACAAGCUGUUAACACAGAUGUUGCCCCCUUCAGUAGCUGAGGCCCUGAAGACGGGUGUGCCAGUGGAGCCAGAGUAUUUUGAAGAGGUGACCUUGUACUUCAGUGACAUUGUGGGCUUCACCACUAUCUCGGCCAUGAGUGAGCCUAUUGAAGUGGUUGACCUUCUCAACGAUCUUUACACCCUCUUUGAUGCCAUCAUUGGCUCCCAUGAUGUCUAUAAGGUGGAGACCAUUGGUGAUGCCUACAUGGUUGCUUCAGGACUGCCCCAACGCAACGGAAACCGGCACGCAGGUGAGAUUGCCAGUAUGUCACUGGACAUCCUCAGUUCUGUCGGCACCUUCAAGAUGCGUCACAUGCCAGAAGUGCCAGUACGGAUCCGCAUCGGCCUGCAUUCAGGGCCUUGCGUGGCUGGUGUAGUGGGAUUGACGAUGCCACGAUACUGUCUUUUUGGGGACACGGUCAACACUGCCUCACGGAUGGAGUCUACAGGACUGCCUUAUCGAAUCCAUGUCAGUGUUCGCACUGUUCAGAUCCUCCAUGAGCUCAAAGAGGGCUUCAACCUGGAACUCCGAGGCAAGACGGAGCUCAAGGGAAAAGGCAUCGAAGAUACCUAUUGGCUGACAGGCCGUACAGGCUUUAACAAGCCUAUCCCCACACCCCCUGACCUGCACCCAGGUGCCAGCAACCAUGGCAUCAACCUGGAUGAGAUUCCUGAAGAACGAAGAAAGAAGGUACAGAAAGCACGUCCGGGGCAAACAAUGUAGCCAGUCAGCAGCCAUGCUGGCUCAAGCCCAGUUGUGAUGGAGCUCUAACAGCAGCCAAGAUCUGUGGCCUAUACCCGCUGGCACUUUCUGACCAACUCUGAUGAGGCCUUUCAUGCAACCUGGGAGGCAGAAUGGCCGGAGCAACCUUUGGAAGGAGGAUGAAUCAGCAGUUGGUGCCUGAGGGACUCGCAGCCUCCUUUGCCCACCACUAUCUUGGACUCAUCCUUUUUUCACUGUAUAUCUUCCUCUGCUACUUGUGUUGGUUCUUCUGCAUGAAGGAAUGAGGAUUCACUCUCAGUAUCAAAAGAAAAAUGACCAAUGCCUGUUGGGACUUUUGGGCAAUCUAAGAAUGGCUUUGUGGACUCUCUAAUUGGAGACGUUUGCCUCCGCCCCGUUGUUGCAAUGGUCAAUGCUUACACUAUGAUGUUGCUAGUAAGGGUGGAUACAGAAGGCGGCCCAUUCUGGCAUCCUCAAAGUGGCUUUCUUCAGAGAAAAUCAGGAUCUACUGGUGACUCUGCCCAUGUUUUUGUGGCAGAUGCUUGAAGGUGGUGAUUGCAGUGGGGGCAGUUAUGACCUGGCUAAAUGGAAUUAUACCCCAUCAGCAGCUGGUGCUAGAGCCAGCAGGCUUUGAUUCUGCCCUGCACUGAAACAUCUGUGUCUGCAAACAAGGCAGUGAUCGAAUGGGGAGCACUUGCCUCUCGGGCUGCAAACCUGUGCAGCAGGGCCACAGACCGGGCUUGGAUCAGGGCAUAUCCACUGCCCCUUCUCUUUUUAGAGGACAGGGACAGAUUCCAUGUGGAGAUUAAACUCAGGGGUCAAGGAGCCUUGUUAGACAAGAUGUGCCUGGAGAGUCCAUAUAAAGUUCAUAAUGGUCCCAUGUUUAGGCAAGUUAAUGGUCCUUCCCCUUUGGAAAUUCGGCUUACGUGGCUAGCCACUAAAUGGCAGGAUUGCCUCACAGGAAUGUGUUUAUACAGCAGUCAAAAAUUGGCUUUGUUCUUAAGAGACUAACCACCUAUUACGAACCCUUGAGCGCUAAUGCCUCUUUAAAAAAAUAAAAGCACCACCACCACCAAAUAUCUGCUUUGGGAUGGGGCAGCUUGGGUUGGAAAAGGGGGAGGGAGGGAGGAUGUCCCUGAACUCUCCUGAUUGAGGCCCUAAAUCUCCUGGGUAAGAAUACAGUCCUCUCAGGGAUGCCAUUUUGUAAUUCGAAAUGAAGUUAUGGAUGCGGCUUCAGUCUCAUCCUGGAUAUUUUGCAGUCUAGCUAACCAUCCAGGAAGGUGAGGAUGGGUUUGGAGUUGCAAACCUUUGUUCUGAAAAACAAAUCUAUCUGUACACACAGAAACCUAUUGUGCAUGUGCAGGGUAAUUAUCUAUGAAGAGUUUUCUUAAAGGGAUUGCCUUUGAGGAGCUAGGGUGCAUUAUUUACAUUUCAGAAAAGUGGUUGGGAUGGGUUAUCAUUUACUCAGUGUAUUGAUUUUCCUUAUAACUUCCAGAUGACGCUUGAAAAACUUGGCUAAUAUUCAUCUUCAGAUUCAAAUAAUAGUUUCAGAGGGAUUGCUGGAAUGGAUCCUCGGAGUAAUUUGUGGUUGACUAUCUUCGUCUAAAUUUCAAAUGUUUAUUAAUUGCACCAAAUAAAAAACUGUCCCAAUAUUUAUCUGCAGGCAGACAAAACUAUUAGAGAUGGCACAUUUAAUUAAGAUAUAUGUAUAUGAGAUAUUUUUUAAGGGAUUUUUGUUAUUUGUCACCAGACAAAAAUAUUUCCCUUAAAGGAAAUAUUUACUGGGAAAUAUUUAGUGGUAAUCGCCCACUGUUUCCCCAUUGGGCAUAGAUUGGCUGGCCUCGGAAUUUGUCUAUCAUUUUCAUAGACUGUGUACAAAUUGUAUUUUCCCCCGUUACUCUUAUUAUCAGCAUUGGGAUGUUUUAUUUAAUUAUAUAUAUAUAUAUGGGUUUUUUUGCAAUGUUGUUGUUUUGCAGAUCUUGAGGGGGCAGGGCAGUGGGAGCGUCUGUGGGAUGGGGGAAGUUAACUAUGUGUGUGUAAUAUAUACGUCGUCAUUGUGCCAUUGCAGGGGUGUUCCUUAUACUCUGUAUCAUGUGGAGAUGCCAGUGGCGCUUUGCAGCUGGUCCAUAAAUGGCUGUGUGUGUGUGACUCUGCAAUGAAAAGGCCAGGCUAGAGAAUCUGAAGUUUGUGGUGGAGUGUCCUUUCUGCCCAGACAAGGUUUCUACUGGAGUUGUGGCUUAGACCUGUUGUUAGUACUGGGUCAACUUUUGGGUAUGAGAAGUAUCACUCUAGAGGUCCCAAGGAGUCACAAUAAGUUCUUGGGCUCCCCCAACCACACACAGAUCCCAUAUAGUUCCUUUGGGACGGGAAUAUUGUUAGCUGCAUGACUUACAGAAGUGAAGCAGGGAUGACGGGGUGUGUGUGUGCCUUUUCUGCACUGGUAUACUUGGAAAACUUCAUCAGCUGAAUUUCUGCCUCUUGUGUAGUUACAAGGCACACAGAAAUUCAGCAGGUGAGGUAUACACAGCUCAAUUACAUAUGGGGGGAGAAGCAGUGUAGUGGCAAAUUCAGAAGUUCAAGGUCCUUUUGUGAUAGUUGCAUCCACCCCCCCACCUUUUUUUGCUGCUGCGUUGAGAAUGCCUUGUUAAUGCCUUCUCUCGCAACAACAAACGUCCCUAGCUUUUAAAGGGAGUGUUAGCUACUGAGAAGAGUCUUCUCAGUGGCUGACUCACCUCCUUUCAUUCUGAUUGGCUCCAAAUAGCAGGAAAGGACAAGGAAACAUGUUAGAAGACUUCUCAGUCUUCUUUUCUUGCUGAUUGCCUCACAGGAUGUGGGAGACAUAGGAACCCUGCUCCCCCAAAAAAGUAAGGGGUCUAAGACUCCCCGAGACCCUGGAUGACUACACCCCUGGGGGAGAGGCUGAUCAGCAAUUACUCCUUACUCUAACGGGUAUGUACACUUUCUUAAAUGUAUGGAUUAAAAACAGUUAAUGCAGCCAAUUAAUUCUAGGAAGGAAUAAACAAGACCACAAACGCAGCUUCCUGUGUUAUGUGACAAUAACAUCUGUUCUUUGUUGAUAGCUGAACAGUAAGCUCCAGGGGUGUAAUUGCCCAGGGUCAUAGGGGGUUGCAGACCCCGUUACUUUUUUGGGACCAGGGUCCCAGCCAGGCCCCUAUGUAUGAGCUAAUCAGCAUGAAAAAGGAUCAUGUUAGCCACUGAGAAGAGUCCUUGUCGUUGCAUGCUGAUUGGAGCCAAUCAGAGUGAAAGGAGGCGAGUCAGCCACUCUUCUCAGCCUCCCCUUUCAUGCUGAUUGGCUCCGAGGGACAUCUGUUGUAGUGGAGCUGGACUCAUGAGAGCACAGG